GCUUCGUUUCCGAUGUCCACAUGUACCUUUCAACAAGUGGAUCCAUGACGUUUUGCGGGGCACAGAUUGUCCUUGCAAGUGACCAGAGAUGAGCUGGUCACGUGUAUAACACGUGCUUAUGAAUUCUCAUUCCACGUUGUUUCACACAAUGAUUCUCACUCUGUCUGUUAAGGUCCCAUUUUACUUCUGCAAUUCGGAGUCUCUAAUUGGUUGAUACUGAGAAGAAUCAAGGAAUUGAGUAUUUUGAUCCUAGCAACCACUUUGGCGCCCGGAACCGUGCCGUAAUUAAUUACCAAGUUUAGCGAUAUCGUGUUGAGAAUCCUACAUCAGCGCUCAAUUCAAAUCUUCCAUGAUAAAUUUUACUUCACAUACCCAUCCCCACGCUCUUCCCAAACGAAGGAAAGCAAACUGAAGAAAUCGAAAAGAUCUCGAGAUAAUUUCGAGACAAUCAUCUACGGUCCUUUCUCCAUGGCGAUAUUUUGCAGCGAAAUCUUCAAGAAGUGGCUGCCUCGGAGAAAGCUCACAUCGAUAGCUUCCCCUGACCCUCUUAAGACCAGGUCAAAUAGCAGCGUUCUUACGUUGCCUUUCCCACGAGAGAUCAUUGAACAAGGACGUGAAACAAAUGCUCAAUCCCAAAGUUUACUUUUAUCAUCAUUGCCAACCGAGAUUCGAAUGUUGAUAUGGAAACUCUGCAUUGGAGGGGAUACUUUCCAUCUCAAAGCUGUUUGUUUUGGCCCUCAAUACCGUCAUACUUGCCUACAACAUCGAUUGUGCGAUAAUCAUUGGAAUCCAGCAGUUCCUUGGCAAAAACACUACCCUUGUCUAGGUGAUGGCCCGCGAUACUAUGGCCCGCGAUACUAUGGUAAAGAUAAAGAUAAAUUUAACGCGUUUUCUUUGGUUGUGACCUGCCGACAGAUAUGUUCGGAGACUAUCGACAUCUUUUAUUCAUCUAAUGCCUUUCGUAUGAGCACUUCCCGCGCGCCAGAUUUACCAAAGAUUCUACUCUCGCGGCGCUACAAUUGCAUACGCGUGUUGUAUUUCGAGAUUGGCACUGCGGUCACAAAAGCAUUUGUCAAAGAUUCCAAGCAUCGAAAUGAGACGUUGAAAGAGUGGACAGAUACUUGGAAAGUCUUAGCAGAUUUAUCAGGACUGCAAAUCCUCCACGUAGAAAUCUGUUGUUGGGAUCUGGUGUGGUGGACGAAGCUCACAGACGAUCAAAAAUCUUUUUUUUUACAGCCAAUUUUCAGCGUAACACAACUUCAUGAAUUCGAGAUAUACGUACCAUUAGAUCAACCUCCUCCUGAAGAUACGAUUUGGAGCGCACUCCCUUCUUUGCGGCUUAGUCCUUCUUGGAUGUUUGAUAAUGGACCAUGCUAUAUGUUGAGGGACGGGUAAAGACUUAUAUUGUACGAUAAGGGUAUAAGAGCUAUGGAAGGAAGAAGCCCUACUUAUAGUUAGGGCACGCUAGUGGUGGGAGCCUUAUGUACGAAGGCAACUACAGAACAUGUAGUUGACUCCGUGACAGUAUUUCUCAUUUUCGCGUUUCGAUUAGCAUAGCGACUCUUACAGUAGACUUCGAUAAAGGUCUAUAUUUGAGAAGAAUAAUAUCUAUAAUAUAGACUAAAAACCUAAAUAGGGCCUAAAAACAUUUUCACCUUUAGUAGAUCUUAAACUUUUAAUAGUAAAUUCAAUUUUUGAAGAUUUGCUAGAGAUUUAG